AAAGCAACAACUUGAAGAGAAAACUAAUCGUCUUACAUUAACCCGACGAGAAUGUCAUCGUCGGCGUUUAUUACUCAUGGCCCAACAGGAACUCAUGGAUUCUGGUCCACAGUCAUUACAUAAGUGUACAUAUUGUCCAAAAGCUUUCGUGAAUGCUUCAUUUUUAGCCACACAUAUUCAUCGUAGGCAUCCAGAAGCCAGAACUCCACCUAAUAAUGUUCCACUUUCUAUGGCUCAUACAAAUACGAUGACUGAUGGCCUACCUUGUACUCACACACAACAACUGCCUUGUUGUGGGAUUCCUCAUUCAUCGAAGAUGUCGCCACGACACAUACCUCAACAAACAGAAUGCCAUUAUACAACAAACAAUAAUAUGAGUGCCUCUUUGGAGCGUGAUGUAAGAGCGCUAUUGGACCAAUUGAAAUCUGUUACUCCAAGUCUUCCGAAUCGUUCCAAUUCCCCAUUUAGAUCAGUUGGUUUCGAUGUUGAUAUUUCUGCGAAGAAACCCAAUGACUCAGAUUGGCAUAGACAACUGAUGGAAGAACACAGACGUGAUAUGGAGUCAAUGAGAAAAGGAUGCUAG